AUGGACUCGAAACCUUUCAAACCGAGCGUAAAAUCGUCCCAUGAAGCAGCCGCGUCUUAUGUUCGUCAACCACGACAACGUAUUGCUUCAAAUUACCUUCUAGUUUGGAUAGAUACCAGUAUCGACCAAACAAACAAGGACUGCAAAAACACGCUGGCUCACUUGAAGAAUGUGAUCAACGACGUUAAACUAUGCACGCAACCGGAUCAAUGUGUCCAAGUACUCAAGCAAUAUGCUCAUGAAAGAGCCUUUGUUAUAACAUCAUCCGCAUUAGGUCAACAUUUGAUUCCUGAAAUCCAUGGCAUGCCACAGUUAGAUGCCAUUUACAUCUUCUGUGGCAAUAAAUUCAGAUAUCAAGAAUGGACACAAAACUGGACAAAAAUCAAAGGUGUGUAUACAAAUGUCAAAGACAUCUGUCAAGCAUUACAAGUAGCGCUUAAACAAUGCGAGCAGGAUACAAUUGCCUCCACUUUUCUUACGAUAAACGAAAUAGCUUCACCUGAGAAUUUAAAUCAGUUGGAGUCAGUUUUUAUGUACACACAACUAUUUAAGGAGAUCCUUCUUGAAAUCGAAUAUGAUCGCAAGGCAAUCAAGAACUUAGCAGCUUGUUGUCGCAAAGUUUUUAGUGGCAAUACUAUUGAAUUACAACUGAUUAAUGAAUUCGAACAUGAUUAUCGCCCACAAAAAGCAAUAUGGUGGUAUACUCGUGAGUGUUUUACCUAUAAAAUGCUCAAUCAAGCACUUCGAACAUUGGAUGCCGAUAUAAUCAUCAAUAUGGGCUUCUUUCUACGUGAUCUACAUCAACAAAUUCAACAGCUGUACGAGCAACAGGUUAGUGGUUAUGGUGCAAAGUCUUUUGUAGUUUAUCGAGGAUAA